GAAAAAUCGACACUCUAGGUCGGGCGUAGAUGAAGAAGUGCGAUUUCCUUCGAAGUAGAUAGGCUAUUAACUUCUAAUAUCGAAAACCUUUCGGGUAUUUUCAUUUCCAAUAUACAGAUCCAGAAAAAAAUGCUUCUAUUCAGUCAAUGUCAUAACACCGGGUGAGGUCCUCCGGGAGAUCUGUUUGCGAGUGCCUACUUGUGCGUAUUGCCUGACUGACGCUGCUACACACGGCCGAGUGGAAGUCUUCGUCUUGCGUCCUCCUCGACAAGUAUGAUGCAAUCAUAGACUCAUGUAUCAUCAUCUUCUCCUGUAUUUUAUGGCCAGCUUUCAUCCAUCUUUCUCGGCAUCUUGUAUUCUCAUGAAAUACAAGGGAAAAGGGGCGGCCAAGAUGAGGGGACCGAGAUGCAUUCUAGCACGCGCUAAGUAUUGAAAAGAUGGCGGACAACUCACACGCGCCCAGUGGGGGCACGGAAAUGCGUUCCCGGAUGGGGUUUUCACCCUCGAAGUUUUCACCAAAUGGGAUGGGAAGAGAAUUGCGUCUGGUGAGGUCACCCACCGGUCAGAUGGAGGUGCGGCGUCUCAGUUAAGGGUCGUUUAUUCCACUAAAUUAGAAUCAAUGACAUUGAUAUUUUCCCAGACUAUCUACUUAAGUAUGCCGUGGCAGCCUCUAACUUAGAGGUCCUAAGCCAGACGAUCCAGAGUUGGGGCCGCCUGACACACCUGUACCCGAUUCGGAUCAAGGUCCAGAUGGGCGGAAUUUUUUGGCGACAAUGGCAGAUUUGAUUUAUGGACGUGGAAACUUCCUGCGAUGAUUCUACUUUAUGCUUGCUUCUAGUAUAAUGUUGAAUAUGGCUUGAGAUCGUUAUUCUAGUAUGUGAUACUAGCUAUUGUAGUAGACACUUAAUGGAAGUCCUCUACACAGCUUUAACUCUAAUCGUCGAUUUGCGAAUACAUCGCAGAUGUAUGGCUAAGCGGGUUUGAGUGUGAGUGGCCCACUAGGAACACGAUUCGGUAUUCACUAUUCUCGGGGGCCGCGCAUCCUACACGCGGUGCCAUCGUUACACGAUGGUAAUUCUCUUUCUCUUUCUCUAUUCGCAUUCUAUUUCUCAUUCUCAAGUGCACAUUCUCACAUUCGCAUUCGAAAUUCUCUUUCUCCCACCCUCUCCGCCCACGUGUUCGCUGCGACCUGCGUCUAGGUCGCGGCGUCUGCGCCGGCACGAGCCGUUGCUCAUUUUUUAUUUUUUCUCACUCGCAUUCUCGCUUUCACGAUUUCGCAUUCUCAAUCGUUUCGCGUUCCUUUCUCGUCUCCUACUUCCCCUACGCUCACGGCCAGUUUGCCGAUCACAUUGCACUUUUGCCUCUCUCGUGAUACAUCAUCAUUUUCACGACCUUUUUGUGUAUAUGUGAUCUCCUUUUUUGGCAUUCUGGCUCGUGGGCUAGUUGGAAGUACUGGUGACCAUGGGCAAAGUAAGUUUCACUCAAACUAUGUGUUCCUAUCAUUACCACUCGCGGUCAAAAUAGAAAUACUGACUUUGAAGAGCAGUCCUCCGCAACCGUAUACCUUAUUAUUGUUGCUUCUACUUAAAUCUAUUUUGAGUUGUCCUCGUCGGUACACCUCAUUACUGUUGCUUCUAAUUUCUAUCGCAAGGAGCAGGAGGUAGUGGGGCGAAUAGGUCGAAACAAGAUCAUUUGAAGAGGGGGAUUGCAGAUGCACGAGCUUGGUGGCAGAACAGGAGAACUUAAGGGUUCCCACAUUACAUCCUUCACUAACAUCCCUGACUCUAUAUUCCACUAGGAAACUAGUCAGGGGCGUUAUAAGGAAUGCAAUUCCGAAACUUCUAAAGAACGAUGGUCACUGCUGCUAUCCUUUUCUUCCUCUUUUGCUUAUGGCUUUAGAUGUUGCUGAUUUACGCAUGAGGUAAGGCGUCCCUGGGGAUCUUCAUUAUAUUGGAUAAGUAAUAGGAAGAUUAGCUAUUGAUUACCAAGCUGAAGAUGAGAGGCUUCUAAGAUAUUGUCAGAGAAGCUUCAUCUGUAAUUUUGUCAAAACUUCUCACGCACAGUAAAACUACACAAUCAAUCGAUAGACUACUUGUUCUCUACUUUUUUUCAUGACAAGAUAUCAAGGAAAUCUUAACUAGUAUAACGCUCUAAAUGUUUAUGUCAUACCCCGUACGUAGUGCACUUUUUCCUAAACGACCCUUCUUUCUUCAUACCCCGUACUCGUUUCGAUGUUUUCUCAUCGCGGACCACAGAAGAAGCGGCAGAAGGCCAGAAAUGAGCCAGAAAACAGUACUAUAUCCACCUCUUCUGAAGAUACUGGUGAUACAACUACAAGUACGACGAUUACGAGUAUCAUGGUGAACCCUUUCACGGUAGUAAUCGAGGAUCUCAGCAGAGCGAUGUGUCCAGUCUUUUUGUUUCUGUUAAGGAGCUCCUUGAAGGCGUUUUUUAUAAUCUGCCCAAAUGUAGUAGUUCACCUUGUCUUUGUCAAAUGAGAAUUAUUUAUUACACUUCAUCAAAAAUGUACUUAGUUGUAUUACUCCUAAUCCGUGGCUGUUCCGGUAGCUCCAUUAGAACUACAGCCUACCGUUGAGAUUACAACUACAGGUUAGUAGAUUAUGUAGUUGUAACCUAACCUCUCCUGCUCCUAAUCCGUGGCUGUUCCGGUUGUUGCAAAGGGGGCGGAGGCCCAAAGCCAGAAGCGAGUGCAACUGAGUCUGUGUGGAUGCUUGUGCAGGAUAUAGACGACCUUAUCCUGAAGCCAAAAGGGAAGGGUGUGAAGCCGAAGGUUCCUUAUAAUUACGGCACUGAUCAAAGCACAAAAAGAAAAAUAGCCGGUUAAUUUUUUCCUCAUUUCCUAAGUCUAUCGCUCCAUGCAACAUAUUGCAACUUCUUCUAGUAAUGCCACAUGUUGAACAAUACCGGAGAUGUCACCGUAUAGAUAGCGCUAACAGGAGGUGUACUACGAGGAUGUCGAUGAUGCCUAGAAGUUAGAUCAUAGAGGGACAUGGAGUGCAUAGCUCUAGGAGGAAUCUAUGUUGAUGGACGAAAUCACAGGGACAUGGAGGAAUCUAUGCUGAUGGAGUGCAUUAUAGAAGUCUAAUCACUUAUAACCGCGCCAAAUCGUCAAACGGUAUUCCGAUCAGAUGCGAGGACACCUUCGGACUCAAGUUUAGUAUUACAAGGGUUUUUUGAGGGGACUCCUGCACGGCUUCGCGACUCAGCAGACUACGAAGCAAUCACCCUCAUAGUACAGCGUUUGGAGGAAGUGCUGAUAGAAUCAGCGAGAAGGAAACCUAUGAUGGUGAAAUUUGAACUGUGAUUUUUUUAGGAUGAAAAAUACAGUAUUUGUAUGUUUUUUAGAUUUUAUGGACAACAAGAUUUUUGUAAGAGAAGGAUCUGCAGUAGCCGGGUUGUCUGGUUUUUAAGGGUUUUCAAAAAGCAGAAAGCCCUUGAUAAAUCAUGAGCAUGAUCUUCAACAUCAUCAUUCUAACUCCCGAGGAAGUAGCGAUGAGGAUGACGAUGACGAUGAUGUGUUACCAACGAUUUUCGCACCAACGUCCUCCGGGAGUGACAGGGGGAGUGACGUAGGAACAGGCGAGGACUUAUUGCUAUGGAGCGAAGAAGAGAAGAUCGACUUGUCACGGUCAACGGCUGAGAUGGCAUUGCUUUUAUUAAGGCUGAAAAGAACCUGUCCCCACGUGAUGAAUCCCGUGAAAAUACAACUGAAGUAGGUGCAAGAACCCGUGGUACUCCUGAGUCCCGUACUUCUGGGUCAAGAAGUAUUUUAACGGGAUUACUAUUACGACUUCACAGGUCAGGUCAAUGUCAACUACCCUCAAGGAGUAGCUGAGUGUGACUUGGAGGUUAAGGGAGUAUCUCUAAUGUUGCUGAAGAAAUUCCUGCUCUUUUCGCACUUUUUCAACGCUUUCAAAUUUUCUUCACCACAUAUGGAGAAAAAGCUGCAGAGAUGGUGGGUCGCUAUGGAUGUUUUUCAAGUGCAAGAACAGAUAGUCCGAGCUUUCCCGUCAAUAGCGCACGUGGAAUACCCGAAGUCGUUUUUGGGGUUAUGAACAAACAUUGUAAGGAAGUGUCAGAACUUGUCUCUACGGAAAAAAAAAUAAAUACUACGGGUACUAGGAACAGCACCAUCAGGGACACACAUGACAUGAUCUAGGAGCCGCAACAUCUACCAUCUAGGUAUCUACUAUCUACUAUCCACUACCCAUCGUACCACAACAUUGUAUGUGCGGAAGAACAUUUGACGCGUCGCCUCUUGUUCAGCUGGUCUUGAUACUAAGUCUAGAUCAGUCACUCUGAACCUUGAUCCUCGUCCCCGUAAUGAUACUGUGUCUAAUCUGCACUUCUUUAGGGGAGGAGAACGACGCUUCCAUUACAGAUUUGGUCCUAGAGCAGAAGCAAUACCUUUCUGGGCUGUCUCCUUCUCGGCUGCGAAGCGUGAAAGACGAAGCUAGAACAAAAAUGGACUACUUCACGUCAGACGGACUCUCGAGGCCUACAGAUAUAAGCGAAGGUAUGACUCCUUGUUUUGUGUACUUAUAUUAAGUCAUAAAGAAAAGUAACCGCUUGAUUUUCCAUCAUUAUCCUCGGUUAGUCCCUUGCCCUGCAAACAAUCCCUUGUUUGGAACGUCCACCAUGACCAUCAACAAGAGGUGAAGCAUCUCGGAGAGUACAACGAACAAUGCAGUUUUUCUGAAGAGAGGAAGACAAUUUUUGAGAAGCAUCUUGGAACAGCUAUUUUCUUUCCCCCUAUGAGGGAAAAGCAUCUAGUUAAGCACUUCUCUUGAUUCAUUGUCGUGUACAUCAGAAAGAUUACUUAUUUUUUACAAGUAGAAGAUGGUAGUUAGACGACUUCAGAUUUAGAAGAUCAAAUCUAAUGCCUCCUCUACCAGUCGAUCCGAGCAAAGUAGUGCUGCCAUGGCGUACUCGCUGGCUUUGCAGGACAAGCGGUCUCAGAUGCGAAAGGCGUUCGUGCGAGCGCUGUUGGCGGAAGUCAUAGAGACAUUUAGAGAGCCCUCGUUUUCGCCUCUAUUUCCAGGAGACCAAGUGAUCGUGAUCAAGAGCCCGAAAGAGGCAGACUGGGAGAAGAAAAUUUUAUGAGAACUACCCUAGUGAGAGGACUUGGACUACUUAGAAUUGAUUCACAAAAACAUCCUGUGUUUUGUUCCACAACUGACUCCAAUUCAUCAUAGACACAGAUUAUUCUGCACUCUUCAGACUUUGUUUUGUUCCACAACUGGCUCCAAUUCAUUCUUGAUAAAUGAACACUAUUCUGUACUCUACAGCAGGUUAGCUUUCCCUCUAUUCUUAGGUCUAUCCCUUCAUGCAAACUAUUCGGUACUCUUCAGUAUCUCCCAACUCAUAAGCACAGACUAUUCUGUACUCUUCACUAUGUCCUCUAAUCUCCACCGAACAACAUAGAUUAUUCUCCUUACCUCUUGCCAUAAUGAUUAUCUACUCUACGUCCUUCUUGCCAUGAUUAUAUCUCUAAUCCCCCAACAACACGACGGCCCUCUUACCCAGUGCGGCUGUGCUGGCAUGCAACUGCCGAGUAUCUCGAAACUGCCGCUAGGUUUCGUUCCCGAUGGAUCGAGGGGUGAGGAUGUAGAGGAGCACUCUGAGCAUUCAGUAGCGGUGGUUAGUUUCUCUUGUAUCGUUAUGGCUUCAUAAUUACUCGAAGAAACAUCUUCUUCUUCUUCUGUGUCAAGAUAAUGAUCUCGUCUCUACGGUCUUCAUGAACAGUAAUAGUAGAGGCCACAGCAUGCAUGGGAGGUCCGUUUGUCGAUGGAGAAAUACGGGGACCAAGAAGAAGAUGAUGAUGAAGAUAGAUGCUUUGAUGUGGUAGCUCAUCUAGAUCUAGUACGACUAGCAUACAGUUUAUAGCGUAGUUCACCAAUAAUAAGCUUCUUUCCUUUCAAUCGAUAAGGAUCAUGAUCUAUGGUUAUGGACAACGAUAACAAUCAAAGUCUUCUAAUAGGAUACCCGGACAAGACGACGAUACGACUCCAGGGGGAUUGGCAGACAAGUUUUUGAACAAUCGCACUAGUAUGUCUUCCACGUUCGCGUUCAAUACGCUGUGCGGGAGAAGAAUUCUGGAAGUGACGGGAGGAUACUUAUGACAACAUGGCAACUUAAUGAAUUUCUCACUAUGAAGAACACAAGAAAAAGCAGACGGUUAGUUUUCCCUCAUAGUCUAGGUUGAUCCCAACAAGCAACUAGUAGAUCACUAUACAGAGAAGAACUCAAGUUGUACGGCUAGAACUACAACGAAAAGCUGGAAUAAGGCCUCUCCAUAUCACGUCACCGUGUGACGAGAUGAAAAGAAUCCACAACAAGUGUCUUGUAGCCCUACAACUCUUCUCUAAUUUUGGAAGUCCUCAACGUGCUUGGCAAUUUCGCCGCUUUACAGAGUCUAUCGAUAGCGCCAGGGGCACAGGUGGAGCUACGAUAUGCACGAAGUCCAGAGGAGCAAAGUACGGAGCACAACGACAUCUCAAAGGAUACAGGUUAUGAUUGGUAACAUUAUCACGACAACGCAUAGAAAGUAGAACGACAUCUCAAAGGAUACAGGUUACGACUUGAGUAUGACAGAGGCUUUUUACAGGUUAUGACUACGUAUCACAGAUGACAGAGGCUUUUACAGGUUAUGACUAUGAAGAAAAUGUGUGGUGGAACAAGUGCUGUAGGAGAGCCUGUAAUGAUCAUAAGCUAAAAAGUGCUGGACUCGGCAGACGAGGAGCACAAGUUGUAAAGCAUAAUUCUAUAUCAAUCAAAAAGAGCCUCGACCUUUUGCCAGGCACAUCAGUCACUCUGUCAAUCAAUCACUUAGUCAAUCAAUCAAUCACUGAGUCAAUCAGUCACUCAGUCAAUCAGUCAAUCAGUCAAUCAGUCAAUCAGUCAAUCAGUCAAUCAGUCAAUCAGUCAAUCAGUCAAUCAGUCAAUCAGUCAAUCAGUCAAUCAGUCAGUCAAUCAGUCAUUCAGUCAAUCAGUCAACCAGUCAACCAGUCAACCAGUCAAUCAGUCAAUCAGUCAAUCAGUCAAUCAGUCAAUCAGUCAAUCAGUCAAUCAGUCAAUCAGUCAAUCAGUCAGUUACUCAGUCAGUCACUCAGUCAGUCAAUCAGUCAGUCAAUCAGUCAAUCAGUCAAUCAGUCAGUCAGUCAGUCAAUCAGUCAGUCAAUCAGUCAGUCAAUCAGUCAGUCAGUCAAUCAGCCAGUCAAUCAGUCAAUCAGUCAGUCAAUCAGUCAGUCAAUCAGUCAGUCAGUCAGUCAAUCAGUCAGUCCCUCAAUCAAUCAAUCAACCAAUCAAUCAACCAAUCAAUCAAUCCAUAGCGCCAGUUCGAAUAACUCGACAGCGCGGCUUCUUGUCGGGCGUUGGAUUUGGACCAAGGUGGGCUGCAAACCUUAGCGGCGAAGAACAGGGAUAGACUACUUCGUCAAUUAAGGCCCAACAAUACAAUUCAUUUCUACACGGCUUUUUUUUUUGUAGUUUGCCAUGCUUUUCCGAAAGGGAAGAGCUUGAUGCAUGUUUAUCCGCGAAGCUCACUGCUUGCGUUUCUCCCAAUUCGUCCUCCCUUAGGGUUCUUGAGAGAAAUCGUGCAAGCUGAUCUUUCUGUUGAUCUUACUCGAGACCCUCACCUUGGUAUUCACAUCCCUAACAAAUUGACUCUGAGCUCUAAGCAAAGAGCAUGACCAUCCUCAAGGGCCAGGCGUAUUCGUUUUUGUCGGCAGAGUAUGGUUGCCUUUCCUGUUAUUCUACGUGAUGGAACCGGUGUUGCUCAGCAUCGGAGCAAAUUCCUGCGUUUUGAAUGAUAAUAGUUAAGGCACGACUAGUAUGUACUAGUAUAUCACUACCCGCACGACACCAGCGAUUAGUGGCCGACUGUACGGUCUUAUGCGCCCCCAGUACGUAACUUGGAUAAUCUUAUAUAGGUUAAUUAAUUGAUUGAAAGGGUGGUGGCAUAUAGUCCUAACGCAAAAAAAAAAAAGAUUAGUGGGUGCUAGGAACAGUACCGUCAGGAAUGCACACAUGGCAUUAGUUGCUGGACAUCGCCAUGGAAAUCUCAGGCAAGCUGCCGAAUAUAUUCGAGGCAAGAACAGGGCUAGUAUCUAUAUCACUACCACUCUAGUAUCUUCGGGGGUUCCGUUGAACUGCGACAGGGACACAAAUGUGAGUAUCUAUAUCACUACUCCGAGAUAGAUACUACCCCAUUUGUAGACUCACUAUACUGAGUGGACUCCGCUCUCAAGUCUGGUGUCCAGGGGAUCUAAUCAGGGUAGAGGGAGAUGAGAAGUCAAGGGGAUUACAAGGGAUCAUGGAAAGGGAACCCAGUCAAUCACGGAUAGCGACAAAACUACCUUCUGUCCUCUCCUUUCCUCUCAAAAUCACUAUUACAUCUAUCCAUCUUCAUCCACUAUUACAUCUACCCACUGUAGUAGCUGGCGAGUCCUGUAAUACAGUAAUUUGAUAGUUGUUGGAUAGUUGUAGUUGUCCUUUAUUUAACCUACUGAUCUCUGUGAUAAUACUUCGCUCCUCCUUGAACAUAUACAGCUUGUUGGCGAGCCUUGUUCAGAAUACAGGACUUCGUUCCUAUCUUUAACACAGACAGCUUUGAUCCCUUCAAACAAUGGUAGGAUAGUUGGAUAGUUGUUCUUUGACUACUUAUCUGUGUAGUAGUAAUAUUCUUUCGUUCUUACCUUUAACACAGACAGCUUGUGACGGGGCUGCGGAAAUUCGAGUCAGUGGGAUAUGGGGUUUUACACGAAGUCGCGCAAACAGGGGACAUCGAGACAGUUUUCUCGCAAACAUUGCAAGAAGGACUGGUGCACCAAGUCAGAUUGAAAGUUAAGGAAUGGUUGCUGAGUGCUGAAUCGGCUAAGGGGUAAUUAUGAUAUAGGUGAAAUAUUAGUUUGCGGCCGUUGGCAAGGCAGUUUGUUGUUGCGUAACUGACAACGAUAUCCUAAGUGGCGCCAUUCAUCUAAUCGUCAUCGUCCUUGUUGUGACUGAUAACAAGGAUGAACUCGUUCCUCAAGACUAUUAACAAACUAAACUGAGAACAAGACUGAACUUCCUCAUGUUCUUCUUUUAAUCCCUGUUUUACAACCGAAGCGUUUUACGAGAGGUCUUUGCAGCAGGGGCCGCCACACGGUCAUCUUUUCCGGCAUGGGGGCAUUAACAAGGCGACUGAAAAAGAGCAUUAUCAACAUCCGGUUUUCGAGCCAGAACGACUUCGUGAAAAACUCUCAGAACAUGUCAAGGAGUUAAGGUCCCUGGCAUACUUCAAGAACGCAGUGAUGUGCUUUUUUGAAUGAUUCACGUUGUAAGUGUAUGUUAGUUGUACCUUGUUGAUUCGAAGACAGUAUGUUGUUAAGAGCAUGAGCGUUGUUCUGCUUUUGAAGAAAAUUCUGAAGCCUUCAAUAGGGUCGCAUGAUGAAUUAUUUCCAGAGGAAAAAUAAGUACGUGCGGGUAUUUCUUUGAUGCUCCUCCUCAUUAUUUUUGGUUCCUAUUUUCCAGUUCAUCAUUCCGAUUCGCAUCUUGCAGAAAUAUUCAAGGACUACUCAGGGGUUCCUCCUUCAUGGAACAUCUGACUCCUAUUCUAAUACCCACCUUCCUUGACCAAAUGGAGAGGCGAACGCGAUCUGUGAGCAGAGUUUUGAAGGGAAUACCAGAAGCAGACAACUUUUUCCGCACUUUGAGUCUCAUAGCGCGAAGCAAGCAAUUUCAUACCUUGCAGUUAAGGCGACUUAGGCAGACUGCCGAAUAGAUUCACAUGAUCACCACGGCCACUUAAUGAAAGCAUUCAUUUUUGCAUCCUCUAACAGCUUGAAGAUCGCAUUUCAGGAUAUCCUCCACUAUAAUGUAAGCAUUGUUGUCAUCUUUUAUUCUUGUCAUGAUCUUUUGCAGUAGGAAAGAAGUGAAAGAAGAAGAACUCAGUAGUUCUGAAGAAAGCACCAAUGUAGUCGAAACGACUUCUAAUACGCCUUGCCUUGGGGCAACCUCAGAGUGCGGACAAAUUUCCUCAGGUUUUGGCGUACUCCAACUUCCACCUUUCCACGUUCUACUGGUCAUACGGUUUGCAAAAAAUAUUUUCGCCAGAACAGCAGAGACAUUAUGUUUUCGAAAAAGUUGAAAAUAGACUCGAAGUAAGAAAGUACUUGCUGUAGUAGAAGUUGUUAUAGAUGCAGAAGUGAAAAAGUGUCAUCUGGUGUUCUACAGAAGUCAACUCUUUUUUUGUCUAAAGUCUACCUGAUUAGAGGCUGUAGUAGAAGUUGUUGCAGAGGUCGUGUUGUUGUGGUAUCUUGUUGACCACAAAGAAAGGUCCGCCGUUACUCAGUAAUCUUAUUUUUGAUAUAGUGAAUGUCAGAAAAGAGUCAGUGUAACUCGUAGUAGAAGUUGUUGUAAAUAAAAUCACUGAAGCGGGGUUAUUGUGGGCGACGUUGGAUCAGUUUUUGCUAGCAUACCCUGCUGAAACGUGGUUCGGUUGUAAUUGAAUUUUGAGCGUUUCGUGGCGAUUCGUGGUUCCAUUGUCAUUGAGUAGCAAAGCCUUCGUCAGAAAUGAAUUUGAAUAAAAAGUAAAUAAAACCAAAAAUUCUUGGAUAUGACCAUUUGAAAUCUAUUUGAAAUGGUCAUAUCCAAGAAUUUUCAGUUUUAUCUACUUUUUAUUCAAAUUCAUUUCUGCUGAGGCCUUUGCGUCAGCAUUGAUGUUCAUCACUCAAGUUUUGAGAUUGAUGACCAAAACUUGCGUUGUUGAUCUGUAGUAGAGGCAUGAUAGAUGCGUAGUAGUUCAGUAUCACUUUUCUAAUGCAUGUAGAUGCUAAAGAUUGCUGAUAGUUGAGAUUUAGAUGAGAAAUUUUAGAAAAGUUUAGGAUUGGAAAACUUUUGAGGUUGAAAGAAGUUCUAAGAUAUGAGUAGUUCUAUCAUUCUCUCACUGCAGGUGCUUACAGACUCUUCACAAUACGGGCCUAAACAGCAGGACAUAUUGUUAUCGACGUUCAGUUUCAACAUUUUAGGUUCUCGAAUAUUCUGAGUGUAACAUUUCUUCUGGGGCACACUUGGUUGUUAUGUCGGACUGAAGAUCAUUGGCACAUGUUCCGAACUACCCAGGUACUUAGUUCACCUUAGCUCCACUAGUACAGAAUUUUCGCUCAACAGAACUUUGAAAAGCGCAUCCUCGUGGUAUCCUUCUACAGGUAGUUAGUCCAUCGUACCUCCUUCUGUUUGAGAAUCCUCUUCUUUGAGAAUCCUCUUCACCUCCUUAUAGCUCCUUCUGUCCCGGUAUCGUUCUACCUUAUCUCCCUCCUUCUAACAAUAAGAACACCAUGAGGAAUGGAUAAGGGAGUGGAGUACGAAAUUCUAUGGCGACGGACGGCAUGUUCUGUCGAUUCACUCUGACAUAGAGUUAAGGCUUCCCCUAAUGAUCCAUCCCUCUAGGGAUCCUCCAAGCGUCUUAGGGAUCCCCCAAGCGUAUGCGCUCCAGUACGAGGGGAAUAGUGACGCACACGCUUGAGGGAUUUCUACGGGCAUGAAUUCGGGUGAGGUCUAAGAGAGGGCGAAGGUCUACGUUUCGGCAUGUGCAAGGCCUUUGAUACAAAGGCAACCUGGAUCAAGUACCUCAAGUUAAGGGUGCUGAAUACAAUUCUUCAUUCCCACGACAGGUUCUGCCUCUUACUUUCCUUCUGACCCGUUUCUGUACUGAGAAAAUGAACCCUAAUCAGAGAGACAGUAUAUUGAGUCCGCGAAUGAAUCCUAAUCAGUAUAUUCUUUUGAACUCUAAUCAGAGAGAGGCUAAGGCACCAAAGAGCGAUCAGUGGGGAAGGAGGCAGUGAUGGUGGUGGGGAGAAGUGAGAACUCCUUACACGAGAUUCAUUGAUGUGUUUCGGUUUGUGUGUUUUGAUAAGUGAGAGUGAGACAGACACCGCUUGUGACUGAGACCACAGCAAUAUAGGAAUAGACAGCAAUCUAGGGAUAGACAGCAAUAUAGCAUAUUCUUAUUCAAUACUAGACACGUCAAUUUGAAGAUCCAAGAUUCGCGUUACAAUAUAACAAGAUUUUCGCUGUAUACCAUGUUAGAAAUUUGAUUGACCACUAUACGCUGAAGACUGACAUUGUUGUUGCCGGCGAGAAGAUUUAUUAUUACACAGCCGGUUCGUUUUUACCUCUAGCGUUUAGCCCUUCCAAACAAAUUAUUACAGUGUUGUGAAGGUGAACCUUGAACCUUAUGACACGACCGCGACCCUACGACCGCGAGGACGAAGACGGUACGCAUGUACCCAGUCUGUUGGGAGAUCAACAACUGCGAAGAAGCUAUGUGGGUAACAAUUAAUUGCAUAGAAA